CGGCGACAGUGGGUGAAUAACAUUUAUGCAACGAAAAGUGAGUUUUACUUUUCUUUUAUAUAAAUGGAUGGAAUAAGAACUUAACAGAGAGGCAAAACCCAGGAAUAUGGAGGAUGAGGCAGCGUUCACCAGUGUAACCUGUUAUAGGCAAAUCAGUGGUCGACUUAAGCAAACUACCCUGCCUUUUGCAGACACCAUCAAAUGUGACACACAGGCAGCAGCUCGCCCUGAGCGUCGGGGAUUGUGGACAAAUUACAUCCAAUUGAAGCUUUGGAAUACCAUAUCAUCUUUCGUUGACAUUCACAGCAUGUGUUUGUGCAGCGUCCAGCAGAGAGUGCUGCUGAUCAGCCACCUUUUUGCAUUACACUCAUCCCACCAGGGUGAUGAGGAGCUGGAGGCUUUCCCAGCAUGCACUGGGAAAGAGGCAGGGUGCCCUUUGAGCAGAUUGCAAAACAGAAGCGCUAUCACACUCUUAAAACUAACAGUCGAAAGGCAAUUUCAUAUUUAAUCCAACCCACAUGUGUUUGGGCCGUGGGACGGAAAUAGAGAAAAAGCACACAGACACAAGGGUAAUAUUCAAACUCAUUCAAACUCAUCAACAUUAAAAAAACAAAACCAGUCCGUGGAUUCAAAUCACCUCAGUCACUUGUUUCUUUCAUCCUAGCGUGCGGGAGGGAUCACGUUGAACCGGACUGGGGCUGUUAGCAAAUCCAUUGGUUUCAACCUGAACUAAAUGAAACCUCAACUCGUCUCAGGGAUGCGGAACCAAACGAAAGAUAUCAUAACAGUGAAAAGCUUCAGAAUGGAGAAAGAAUAUUCAUCAGCGUAAGAGGCUUUGACACAGGACCAAGCUCGUUUAAACAUAUUUUACAGGCCAUUUUUAACGCUCCACCCCCCCUGGUUCCAAGAGAAGAAUCCAAAUCCACAGAGAUCAUUUUGAGCAAGUGACAAUUUCUUUAAAGGGAACUCAAAGGAAUAUCCUGAAAGAAGGGUGAACAUACAUUUUAACGCCUUUUUUUUCUUCUUCAUGUUUUAUGAUGUUAUGACAUCUGUUUUCAGGCUCUAUAACUUCCUCAUUGCAACAAUUAUGACGAAAGAGUGAAAGAACUCACAAAAAGUAAAAUCAUUUGCAUAAUUGGUGCCUGAGAUUGGGCAACAUUUUACAAUUCUUUCAAAAAUAGAAUUCAAUAUGUUGUUUUAUAAAUGGAAUUGCACAUUUUCUGCCAGAAUGCUGACAUUAGUUUGUCCCACAUGCUGCUAAUAUUUAUACUAACUAUUCAUCAUAUUAAUAUUAUAUGAAUAGCAUGAUAUCAUGUUGAAUAUUAUACGUUUCCAGUGCUGCAUUAACCAAGCUAAUAGUUAUCAUGGUUUGUUCAGUCUAACACCAAAUGUGCACAAAAUAGCAUCGAAUGCAAAGUGAGGUUACAAGUGAGCUAAAAAGACUACUUUGAAUUAGUAGGGCAGCACAGCGCGACCUUUCCUCUGACACCACUUUGGGGGAGGGGGUGAGAGGAACUCUUCUCUUCUUUUGCCUCCUCUUGCUUUCGUCUGUGCCACAGUGUUGUGUUUUCAUUUUGCCUCUCUGUCGCCCUGUACAUUUGUGUGUGAAAUGCAAGUAGAGGAUGUUUUAGCAUCGUAUGGUACAAACAAUUUAGCCUGUCUGUGUGUGUUGAAUGUGCACUUUCACCUUACUUCUCGAAAACCGCUCAUGGGCAAUUUGCAACAAGCUUUGGCAUCCAGGCAAAGGUAGACGGGGAAGUUGUUGACACGUGUGAGGUGAUUGAUAAUACGUGACAGGUGCACGGGCAAUUAAAAUGUCCUGCUUCACCUGGCGUCGCUGGCUCGUGCAAAUGUCAGGAGUCAGCAAAUUGGUAACAUUGAGAUUGAAGCUGUUAAUUAACUUUGACCAGGUGACGCCAGCUGACUGGCAGCGCUCUCGUAUCGCUCCUCCUGAAGAUGUUUGCUCUCAGGGGAAUUUGUCACAGGUUCUACCGCUUGGCAAAAGUUGCAUCACAAAAGCAAUGCAGGAAAUAUGACAACUCGUGCACCAUAGUCACUGGUAUCAUGGCGGAUAAGAAGAGCCAGGCGGUGUCUGAUGGAGAGUUGAACAUGUCUGCACGGGGCUGUGGAGGCAGCAGCUCCAGCCUUCCAGGGACUCCGGGCGGGGAGGCCGCCCCGGCCAACAGCGUGCUGAGCUGGGCCGUCUCCUUUGAGAAGCUGCUGGAGGACCCCGCUGGAGUCCGCCAGUUCACGUCCUUUUUGAUGUCUGAGGUGAGCGCGGAGAACAUAUUAUUCUGGCAAGCUUGUGAAAAAUUCAGGAAGAUCCCAGCAAGCUCCUUGGAAGAGCUGAAAAAAGCAGCUCGCUCCAUCUACAACACCUACCUGUCCGACAGCGCUCCCUACUCGGUCAACAUUGACGACACAGCCAAGACUGAAGAGAAGGACCUGCAGCGGCCCACCCCCGACAUGUUUGACAAGGCCCAAGCACAGAUAUUUAAACUGAUGAAGAUGGACAGCUACAGGCGCUUUGUGCGCUCCCCUCUCUACCAAAGCUGCACCUUGGGAGGUAAACUUCUGCCUCAGCUUUCCACAGAGGCUGUCCUUACGGGAUCCUGGGAGGAAGUGGCCGCAAGAAGCCCGCUGAGUAACAAAAAGAACAAAAAGUCAGACUCCAACAGCUUGCCAGGCAGCAAGACUUGCCCUGAAAAACAGGGUCAGAAAAGAGGCUCCUGGGGAGAUGGAUCCAACAACUAUGGUUCAGGCGCUGGGAAAGACUCCCACGUGUCUGUCAAAUCCAGCGGCAGUGUGGAGCUCGGCUCCCUCUACAGGCAGAUGGAGAAUGGCAGAUUGCGUCCCCACUCUCCAGAACAGGGGGUUGGAGGUGGGAGUCGGAUGGGGGUGUCGGGGGUGGAGGGAGGCUACUGCUGUGUCUAUCUGCCCGAUGGCAGCGCCUCGCUGGCCCCCACGCGCAACGGCCAACCCAUCAAAGACAUGCUGGCCAGCCUGUGUGAGAAGAGAGGCUUCCCGCUGAAGGAUGUCAUCAUCUACCUUCACGGCAAGGAGAAGCAACCGUUAACGCUGGACCAGGACUGCUCGGUACUGAGGGAUCAGCAGGUCGCUCUGGAGAUCAGGGUGAUGUUUGCGCUGGAGAAUACAUUCACUGGUAAGACUGUUGGGAUCAUGGUGAAGUCCAGUAAGACACUGCAGGACGCUCUGACUGCGGUGCUGCAGAAACACCACCUCAAGCCACAAGAUGCCGUGGUCACUAUGGUGGGGAGCGACGAGCCAGUGACCAUGAACAGCUCUGUGUUCAAACUGGCCAAUAAGACUCUGCGCCUUGAAAAAACCAAAGGAAGAGACCACACCAAUGUUUCCAAGGGCAGUAGUUCUGCUGCAGCCGCCCAGGCAGGCGCAGUGAGUGCAGGUGAGGUGGAGGCCCGAGCCAAGAUUCAACACAAGCCCACUAAAAACCGGGAAAUGGAGGGGCUACUGGACAUGCUGACCAGGGCUCAGUGCUGCAGGGUUGAUGACCAGCGAGGCCUUUUGACCAAAGAGCAGCUGGAGGUCCCUCUGUUCUUGAAGGUGGCUUCAGACAGGGAACAGAACUCAAAGCCAGAAGAACCCAGUGCAGCCAACUCCUGCGCUGAUGACUCAGAGACCCCAAGUUCAGCUGGCGCAGCGAAGGAAACCCCGGACUCUGCCUCAUCUGAGGCCAAAGACGUGAGGGAGACGUCUGUUUGAAAGACUUUUGCGCAGGUUGGACGGGAGAGACUCAUUUAGAAGCUACCACAAACGUCUGUGAAUGUCAUGAGACCAAUCUGUACCUGAGACGACAAAAAUGAGUCGGCACUUUUUACAAAUAAGCUCUGAGACCACAUUUUGCCAUCAUCAUCUCUCCAUAUUCAUAGUUUGCCUUCUUAAGGCAAAAUGUUGGGUAAUUUUAAAAACACUACAUAUGUUAAUAGAACGUGUUUGCUAUGAACUGUUUAAUGUAUUGAAAAUGCAUUUGAAAAGUGUUUUUAGCUCACGCUUUUAAGCCCGGAAGAUGAUGUGUUUGCUGUAGUGUUGCCGGAUGUUUUAACGGCAUACGGCUGGAUGUUCACAUUGCUUUAAAUGCUUUCCAAUCUCACAUUGCUUUUCUUUGAACUCUAAACAGCGACUGUCCAGAAGGGUGUAUUGCACAAUUGUUUGUUUCUUUAUUUGACUUAACAUUAUUGAAUAUCUUUAUUUUCAGAUGAAUGUUUUUAUAUUAGUAAUCUUAAUUCUGUGUGCUUACUUGCUGUUUUCGAAUGUGUGGUUGCGGUACUACGUUUUGUUUGCUGUGAUGGCACUAUGAGAAGUUCUGGUUAUGUCCUGUUUUUCGGUCACCUCUAAAGGUGCGGGUGAUGGAUUCGAAAUGUGAAAUUGCAGGGAAUGAUUCUGCAGAUGUGAUAUGGGUGUAUCCAAUGAAUUAAAGCCUUUUAUGAUGAAGGGUGA